AUGAAGGUGAUUGCUGGCUUUGUUUUGUGUUGGUUGACUGAGUACAACUUACAGAUGGGGAUUGAUCAGAAAGAAAAAAAGAUGAGUGUGAAUGAUGAGUCUCAGAAUCUGUCCAUGAAUGAAGAAGUAGGAGUUAGUUUACCAAGCAGUAAUGAAGUACGAGGUAUGGCAGCUAGGAAGAAGAGGGCAAGGACAUCUGUGGUUUGGAUAACGUUUGAGGAUUUUGCUGAGGGUCCCGAUCGAGGGAGACGUGCCAAAUGCAAAAAGUGCGGAACUAUACUCAAAUGUGACUCAGGAACAGGUACGGGUAGCAUGUUGCGUCACCAUAAUAAAUGUAGUAUUAGUGAUGUUGUCUCACCACAGUCUUCCACAUGUUCUGAUUCAUUUAGUAUUGAUAGAUUCAGAGAGUUGGUGAUUGAGGCAAUUGUUAGACAUGAUUUGCCAUUCAAUUUUGUUGAGUAUGAGGGCAUUAGAGAUGUGUUUCAAUAUAGAUCUCCUCAACUUACACUCCCUAGUAGAAACACUGUUAAGGCUCAUGUCUUGAAGACGUAUGAUAGUGAAAAAGUGAAGCUUAAGAAUUUGUUGAGUUCAGCUAAAGGAAGAAUUAGUUUGACUGCUGAUUUGUGGACCUCUGUAGUUAUUGAUGGGUAUUUAACUAUUACUGCACACUUUGUGAAUUCAGAAUGGAGAUUAGAAAAAAGAAUUAUUAAUUUUUGUCAUAUGCCUCCUCCUCACAAUGGUGUUGCAUUAGUUGAUAAGGUAUUUACCUUGAUUGGAGAGUGGGGAAUUGAAGAGAAGUUGUUUUCAAUUACCUUAGAUAAUGCAACAUCCAAUGACUCUUUUGUUGAGAAGCUAAAGAUGAGAUGGACUGAAAGAGAUUCACACAUCUGUCACAAAGAUACAGAAGACAUCAAGUAUAUAAAGGGUUCAGAAGUUAGAAAACAAAGGUUUCUACAAUGUGUUUCACAAGUUGGUUUGGGAGGAAGCAGAAGGGGAUUGAGACAAGAUAUGCCAACAAGGUGGAAUUCAACCUAUUUGAUGCUUGAUGGUGCUGUCUACUAUCAUAGUGCAUUGAUGAACUUGGCAUACCCUACAUCAAACUUAUUUUUCCCGAAGGUGUUAGUUGUUCAGCACAGUAUACAUGAAGCCAUUGCCAGUGAAGAUUCUUUUCUAAGCCGGAUGGGAAAAGAGUUGGAUUUGAAGUUUAAGAAAUAUUGGUCAAAUUAUAGCCUGAUUUUGGGGAUUGCAGUGGUGAUGGAUCCUCGGUUUAAGAUGGAGUUUGUUGAAUGGGCUUAUGAAAAGCUCUAUGGUCGAGAACCUUCACAAUUGAAGGAAUUUGAUGCCCGUUACAAGAGCGGUCAUAAUUCAAGUUUAAAGACUGAACUGAACAAGUAUUUGGAUGAAGUAAGACUCGAUAAUUUGGUAGACUUGGAUGUACUUUCUUGGUGGAAGAUGGAGCGACACCGAUAG